AUGUCCGCCAACUACUGGGAGUCGACGCAGAGGCGGCAUUGGCUAUUUACCAAGGAUCAGCUCUCUACCAUGCGUCAGAAGCUCGACGAUGACAAUGCCGACCUCGUGCGCAUGUUUCCCUUGCCGCAGCCACGCCAUCUUGCCAUAUAUUUCAAUCAGCAACUACUCCGCCUGGCAAAACGGCUCAGCAUCCGCCAACAGGCCAUGGCGACUGCGCAAGUCUACCUGAAGCGAUUCUACAUCAAGGUCCCCGUCCGAUCUACGAACCCAUACCUCGUCAUCACAACUUCCCUCUAUCUGGCCUGCAAGAUGGAAGAGGCGCCGCAGCACAUUCGGCUCAUCGUGACCGAGGCCAGGCAGCUCUGGCAAGAUUUCAUCGGCCUAGAUACAUCCAAGAUCGGAGAGUGCGAGUUCUACCUUAUCAGCGAAAUGAGCUCGCAGCUCAUCGUGCACCAGCCAUACAGGACACUGACGUCGCUGCGGACAGAGUUGUCACUGGUAGAUGAGGACGUGCAACUCGCACGCUCCGUCAUCAACGACUCCUUUAAUAGCGACCUGCCCCUCCUCUGCGCACCGCACGUCAUCGCCCUCGUUGCCAUCUUGCUCGCCCUCGUCCUUCGGCCCAAUUCCACCGCCCCCGGCCAGGCAGGAUCGGGCUCUGCCGCCGCCGCCGGUCUUGCCGCCGCCCAGGCAGCCCUGGCCCAGGCCGCAAGGGGCAACGGUGGCAGCAAUAUCCACGGCUUGCCUGAUCCUCCUUCGGCCUCCGAGUCCAAGGAGAAGCAGCAGGAAGCCCGGAUAUCCAGGGUGCAAUAUUUUGCCGCCUGGCUGGCGGAAAGUAGUGUUGAUAUCGCGGCCAUGGUUGACGCUACUCAGGAGAUGAUUUCAUUAUACGAAUUCUACGAGCAGUACAAUGAAAAAUUGACCCGGGAACAAAUUAAUCGUUUUGUUAAGGCCCGAGGUUUAGAUAAAUAG